UUGUUUUUUAGUACUUACUUUUAUUUGUUUCCUUAUAAUCAUUGUUUAUUGUGACAUUAAAUUCAAAUACUUUCACUCAAUUGUCCCAUUUUGAAAUUCCCCCCUCACAAUGUAAACUUUAGGUGUCUCUUUUUCUCUCUCUAGGUCUUUGUUCUGUCAGUUUCCUUCCUCCCCGUUCCUCUAUAUAAAUUGCUCUACUUUCUAGCUAGCCUUUAUUAACAAAUCAGUCCAUUCUUCAUGGCUUCCUUUUUGACUGCUCUCAGGCGUCUCUACCUUUCCAUCUACAACUGGACAAUCUUCAUCGGCUGGUUUCAGGUUCUGUUUUUGGCGUUGAAAACUUUGAAGGAAUCGGAUCAUGAACAUGUCUACAAUGCUGUUGAAAAGCCUCUCCUUCUCGCUCAAUCCGCUGCCGUUUUGGAGAUUCUUCACGGUUUGGUAGGUCUGGUUCGGUCACCGAUAUCAUCAACUCUUCCACAAAUAGGAUCAAGAUUGUACUUAACUUGGGGGAUUUUAUGGAGUUUUCCUGAGAUUCGGACCCACAUUCUUGUUACCUCGUUGGUCAUCAGUUGGUCCAUUACAGAGAUUAUUCGCUAUUCUUUCUUUGGCAUGAAGGAGGCCUUUGGUUUUGCACCUUCUUGGCAUUUGUGGCUUAGGUACAGCACCUUUUUGGUUUUGUAUCCAACUGGAAUCAGCAGUGAAGUUGGUCUGAUAUAUUUUGCUCUGCCAUAUAUCAAGGCUUCUAACAAGUAUUGCAUAAGAAUGCCAAACAAGUGGAAUUUCUCUUUUGAUUACUUCUAUGCUGCAAUUCUUACCCUUGGAACCUAUGUCCCAGGUAGUCCUCACAUGUAUCGUUACAUGCUUGGGCAGAGGAAGAGAGCACUCUCCAAAUCAAAAAAGGAGUAGAUUGUGAUCGAGAUUCCGAACA